UUUUCUUCAUCGCAUCGGCAUAGCCACGAAGAGAGGGAGACGAGAGAGAGAGAGAUUCAGAGAGGAGAUUAAAUCAAUACACGGCCAUGGCAAUUCGGGCAUUCAAUCUCAGCUUUGUUGUGAUUUCUCUCUUGUUAAUUACCAUCACCUUCUCUUCAGGCAUAUCAGAAGGACUGGAAGGUGUCAGAAACCCUAGUUCUCUUCCAAACAAGGGUGGCACUUUACCAGCUGCUAUGAAGACAAGGAAGCUUUUGAAGAUGGAGGGUCUACAGGAUUAUGAGGAUGUCUGCGCAAACCCUAAGCACAAUCCUAGAAGAUCACCCGGUUGCAAGAACUAAUACACACAUAUAUACAUAUAUUAACUUAGUCUGAAUUUCACUUAUAUUUAUUUAUAUUAUAUACAUAUAUAUAUAUAUAUAUAAAUCAGUCGUGCAUGAUAUUAUUCACCCCUACGUCUAUCUAUGGAGAUUUUAUAUAUAAUAAUUAUAGAAUUUUCUCUCUAGGAUAUAUAUAUAUAUAUAUAUGAACAAGAUUUAACUGUAUGCUGAACUCUAUUUAGCGGGCGUGUUCUAUGUGUAUUUAAUAAAAGUCGAUCUCGUAUCGAUCAUUUGUUAUA